CGAAACUGUCAUAAAAAACCCUAAAUUUAUCAAGAAAAGACGUGACUGCAAUGCAAACUCAUUCAGAAGACUGACAUUACUGAGCAAAGUAAACAUUUAAUCGAAGAGAUAAUUUACUUUGGGAAUAAGAUGCUAAUAAACAGAUUUUCAACAAUAUUUUAUUUCUUUCUAUUACAUAUGUUGUUGCAAUGUUGUGCAUAUACUGUGAAGGUCAUGACACAACCUGGAUGCAGACAAAAUGGAAAUACUCUAUCGUGUAACAUUUUACCUAAGGACAUACCAUACAACAUUACCAAUGUACAUUUACAAGACGUCAGAAACUUGUGUAACAUUGUUAAAGGAGAUUUUCAUGGGAAUAACUGGAAUCACAUUAAAUCUUUGCAUAUUUCUGUGACACCAGGUAGUGAAACUUGUCCACAAGCAAUUGGACACUAUGCUUUGGACAAUUUGAUUGGUCUAGAGGAAUUCAAAAUUCUAUCAAGGGUUUUCAUUGGGUUGGAAAACAACUCCUUUGCUGGACUUACAAAUCUUAAAACAUUGUCUUUUACAGGCUGUAUAGAUCUUCAUGUGGACACAAUAACAAAAGCAUUAGAUGGACAACUACCAAACCUUGAAAUAUUAACUAUGACAUACAUAGAUAUUGAUGGUUUCAACAUGGGUAAAGAUUUUUGCAACAUGCUGUCUGUAAAGCCAAUAAAACAAGUAAAUUUACAUCAUUUAGCUAUAGAUCAUGUGAACCUGGGAUGUAUAAAUGGGCUACUUGAUACAUUGGAAAUCUUGAACGUAUCUGGCUCUACAAUCAUUGAUGCAAAUACCACAGGAACAGAAACCAAGACCUUCAAAAAUUUAAAACUGUUAGAUGCAAGUUAUGCUGUGCUUCCAAAGUACAUGCUUGGAUUUUUAAAAUAUCUUCCAAAAAUAAUUGGUCAUUUCUACAUACUGAAUUUUGAACAAGAAACAAUACUGUCCCAUAUAGAGACAAUAGAUCUAACAGGAACAAAUCAACAGAUUCCUGUUAAUCUUGACAAUCUAACAAUAUUUUUGUCCAUCAAUGAAACAUGGACCACAGAACAUAUUAUACUGAGACAUAACCAACUUGGACACCUAGAUGUAAUGGUUCCUUGUGACAUAUCACCUUUCAAAGUUUUAGAUCUUUCAUUCAACAGGAUAGACUUUCUCCAACCUAACUUAUGCAAAUGUUGUUUCAAUCUGAAACAGCUAAAUCUUGAAAAUAACCUGCUUUUCAAAAUGGCUAGGCACAAUUUUUCUGUCUUUGAAAACCUGACAAUGUUUUAUACAAAUCUGGAAAAUAUAAAUCUAGCCAAAAAUAAGCUUACAAGAAUUCCAAGUGGAAUGUUCCAAGCUAACAGGAAGCUUAAAAUUAUAAAUUUGUCUGAAAAUUUUCUGAAGCAAAUUACAUUUAAAGUUGAUCAUUUGAAUGAGUUGAUGGAUCUUGAUUUAAGAAAAAAUCAAAUCUCAGUUCUGGAUGAAACAUCUUUAAAGCAUCUAAAUGCAUUUCAGGAGAAGAGACAAUAUGCCAGAAAUAACACAAAUAUUAUCAAUCUGGAUUUCAAUCCAUUAUCAUGUUCAACAUGCACAUCCUUGGACUCAGUAACUUGGAUUGCAAGAUCAAAAAUGAUUAACAGAAAUAAUUUAGUAUGUACAAAUGAAAAUGGCAGACAUGUUCAAAUAGAUCAGGAUACAGUUACAUCAGUGAUAUCAUUAUGUAAUCAGGCAUCUAACCUGAGGAAUAAAAUUGUGAUUUCUGUCCUGACACCAGUAUCAGUAGUGAUAAUGUUAGUAAUACUUUUCUGCUCCGUCAGAAGAUGCAGAAAUAAACGUCAAUACAAGCAAAGAAUGGAAGAGAAAUUACAUCUCAUUCAAGAAAACAAGUUGGACACAGAAUAUGUUGUGUUUCUAUCUUUCAGUAGUUACGACCAUGACUUUCUGACGGAGAAUGUCUACAGACCUCUUCUGAUGCAUUUGCAGGACAGAACAAAAUGCGAGAGAGAUUUAAUAUGUUUAGGUGAUAAACAUUUCCAACUUGGUAGACCAAUCAAUGAUGAAAUGGUUGUCAGUCUCACUAAGUCAGCGGUCAUUCUUAUCUUACUAUCCCACAACUUUUGUUCCAGUGAUUACUGCCGCAUGGAAUUCGAUCUUGCAUUGCAGUUAAAUAAACCAAUCAUUUUGAUAGUGAAAGACGAUGUUGAUCCAAAUGACAUGGUUCCUAGCUUGCGAGAAAUCUUUCAUACAAGAACAAGAAUACUGUGGGAACAACAUGAUGGUGAUGAAUAUAGGCUCAAAACAACAUGGGAUAAUGUUUGUACAUCCAUUCUAGAACUCAUUCUGUACGACUAAGCUAUCAACCUACAUGAAUAAUCAAAUAUGAUGCUCAGAAAUGUCUCACCUAUA